AUGCCACACAGUGUUCGACUGUGGAUGAAAACAGCUGAGAUCGAGACUGACUUGAAAGCAAAGAAAAAGGUGUUCCGUAAAGCUUUGGAACAAAUCCCUACGUCGGUUCGUCUUUGGAAAGCAGCUAUUGAAUUGGAAGAACCAGAUGAUGCACGUGUUUUGCUCACUCGUGCGUUAUGGCUAGCUUUGGCUCGCCUCGAGACGUACGAGAAUGCUCGAAAAGUUCUCAACAAGGCUCGUGAACACAUUCCAACCGAUCGUCAAAUUUGGCUUUGCGCAGCACGCUUGGAAGAAACUCGUGGUCAGAAGGACAUGGUCGAUCGAAUAGUUCAGAAGGCCUUGACUUCUUUAACCGCUAAUAUGGUGGAGUUGAAUAGGGAGCAUUGGAUGAAGGAUGCUAUUGACGCAGAGAAAGCUGGAGCACUUGCUUGCGCCCGAGCAGUAUACGCCCAUGCAUUGGAGAAUAUUGAGAAAAGGAAGGGAAUCUGGUUGGCUGCUGCUCACUUUGAAAAAACGCAUGGAACAAUUCGUCACGUUAUUGGAGCGGGAGCACUUGCUUGCGCCCGAGCAGUAUACGCCCAUGCAUUGGAGAAUAUUGAGAAAAGGAAGGGAAUCUGGUUGGCUGCUGCUCACUUUGAAAAAACGCAUGGAACAAUACAAGAAUACGAGAAGGUCCUGGAGGAUGCGACGGCUUCUUGCCCACAAGUUGAAGUGCUGUGGCUGAUGUACGCUAAGUCCAGAUGGCUGCAUGGUGAUGUCGCCGGAGCUCGAGAAAUUCUGGCAAAGGCCUUUGAGCAUAACGCUAAUUCUGAAGGAAUCUGGAUGGCUGCCGUGAAACUGGAAUCAGAAAAUAACGAGUUCGCACGUGCUCGUCGUCUUCUCGAAAAAGCUCGACGUAACGCCCCUUCUGCCAGGAUAUGGAUGAAAAGCGCUCGUCUUGAGUGGUGCUUAGGUGAUCUGGAGAAAGCCAAAGAGCUCAUCAGGGAAGGGAUGUCCAAAUAUGUGCAAAAAAUCUUUGCCGCCAUAAGUUUUUCUACAUGA